AUGAGCCUCGACUCGCCAUCGAAAGCGCCGGAUAUUAUCAACCCCGCGGCGAACUCGAAUGAUUCCUCUUUCCAACACCUAUCGUCCUCGUCACCUUCAUCAUCAUCAUCCUCCCACAGCGAUUAUCGUCAUGAUGAAUCGCAACUGAAUCAUGCAGAGAACACCGGGUCGAAGCAAUUAUUGAAUCGGAUAUUCAGCAACACUUUGGGAUCGCAGACAAUGGAAUUUUCGCGGGAGUCCGUAGUGACGACCAAAGAAGAUUAUGGCGAACAUGAAGAACGACCGCUAUAUAUCCACUCAAUGCUGGCAGGCGGCAUUGGAGGCUCAUCCGGUGACAUGCUCAUGCAUUCCCUCGAUACGGUCAAAACUCGACAACAGGGGGACCCUCACUUUCCGCCAAAAUAUGGUUCGACGUCAGCGUCGUACUUGAAAAUUUUUCGAGAGGAAGGGUUUCGACGCGGUCUUUAUAGCGGUGUUAGUCCGGCGUUGAUGGGCUCGUUUCCGGGGACGGUUAUCUUCUUUGGCAUGUAUGAAUGGUCCAAGAGGCAUAUGCUUGAUGGGGGGCUCAAUGCUACGUUGUCAUAUCUUUCUGCUGGCUUUGUUGCAGAUCUGGCUGCGUCAGUGGUCUAUGUGCCGUCAGAAGUUCUCAAAACGCGGUUACAGCUCCAGGGACGCUAUAACAAUCCAUAUUUCAACUCCGGAUAUAACUACCGAAGCACCCCGGAUGCAUUUCGUACGAUUGUCCGCACAGAAGGGGUCAGAGCCAUGUUCUCAGGCUAUAGGGCUACCCUCUUUCGAGACCUACCAUUCUCGGCUUUACAAUUCGCUUUUUAUGAGCAGGAACAAGAGUGGGCCAAGAGAUGGACUGGAAGGAAGGAUAUUGGGCUGCCUCUUGAGGUUCUCACAGCUACAACGGCCGGUGGUAUGGCGGGAGUUUUGACUUGUCCGUUGGACGUUGUCAAGACGAGGAUUCAGACGCAACAAAAUCCUGAUUCGAAACCCUCACUGUCUUCGUCGUCAUCGACGGAGCAUAUGUUGAAAAAGGAUAGUCGCCCUCAAGCGCAGCAUCAACAACAACAUCAAACAGCAACACCAUCAGCGUCAUCAUCCAAAACCCAUUCACGACCAAUCUCCACCUCCUCACCAUCAACAACUACGCCUCAACCUGGUGCUCCCGUACUACACACGUCUUCGGUGUUCACGGGCUUGAGACUCAUCUACAAAGCCGAAGGAUUCGGUGGCUGGUUCCGUGGCGUUGGACCGCGAGCUGUCUGGACCAGUGUUCAAAGCGGCACGAUGCUGGUUAUGUAUCAGUAUCUGCUGAAGAAGCUUGAAGCAAUGCAGCAGAGUGCAGAAUCGGCACCAGUUAUAUGA